AUGAAUAAUCCUUGGAGAGGGGCUCACAGCUCACAGCUCACAGCCCCCCUCACUGCCAAAUACGCAACAACAUACCACCCCCACUCCACUUACCCCCCACCCUCCACACCCCCACUCCACACCCCCCCCACCCUCCACACCCCCACUCCACACCCCCACUCCACACCCCCACUCCACACCCCCACUCCACACCCCCACCCUCCACACCCCCACUCCACACCCCCACCCUCCACACCCCCACUCCACACCCCCACUCCACACCCCCACUCCACACCCCCACUCCACUUACCCCCCACCCUCCACACCCCCACUCCACACCCCCACUCCACACCCCCACUCCACUUACCCCCCACUCCAUUUACCCCCACUCCACACCCCCACCCUCCACACCCCCACUCCACACCCCCACUCCACUUACCCCCCACCCUCCACACCCCCACUCCAUUUACCCCCACCCUCCACACCCCCACCCCAUUUACCCCCACCCUCCACACCCCCACCCCAUUUACCCACACCCUCCACACCCCACUCCACUUACCCCCCACCCUCCACACCCCCACUCCACUUACCCCCCACCCUCCACACCCGCACUCCACUUACCCUCCACACCCGCACUCCACUUACCCUCCACACCCAAAAGGGGAGAGGUCACAGAGAGCGUAG